AUUCAAACGUAUUUUUUUGGUUUCGAUAAGACUGUAAACAUCGUCUCUGCUUCGUGUUACUUCAUUUUGGUCGAUUUUAGUGCAAUAUUUUCCUCGUGUUCUACUUGCAAUGGUUCAAGGCUUGUCUAAGAAAGAGAAGAUCCAAUUGUGGUGGAGACUUACGAGGAACUAUGUCGUCAUUGCUUUGGUUUUAUUAAUAUUAUGCCCGAUACCAGUAGUUAUGAACACCCAGAUGGGAUACGUGGCAUUUACCAUCUUCUUGUUGGGGACCUUCUGGGUGACGGAGGUGAUACCUUUACCAGUCACGGCACUCAUCCCGAUAGUUCUCUUCCCUCUCUUUGGUGUCCGGGACACCCCCACCGUAAUAGAGCAAUAUUUCAAGAAUGUCACCUACCUGCUUUUUGGGGGUCUGAUCCUCGCCGCUGCCAUCGAGCAUCAGAACCUUCAUCGUCGCUUCGCUCUUCGGGUAUUGCUCCUGUUCGGAACGGAUCCAAAGAAGUUGUUACUAGGGUUCAUGAGUGGUACAGCCUUUCUGUCUUCGUGGAUGAGUAAUACAGCCGUGACAGCCAUGAUGCUUCCCAUUGCUCGAGCCGUGCUCGACGAGAUCAGAAAACAGGACAACGACGACGAGCAUGAGAUGGAGUGCGACCUCGGAGAAGACAGACAAUACAAGCCCAGCAGCCAAACUAUUUUGCCUCGUGAAAGAGAAAUGAAAGGAAUUGGCCCUGAAUUACUGAGGGAAGAGAUCGAAUCGAUUGACGAUCUUCCACCAAGCUCGUCCUCGUUUGAUCAAGACAGGCGCCACCUACGUCUACGCAAAGCUAUUUUUCUUUGCAUUCCCUAUGCUGCCAAUGUGGGUGGGACUGGAUCUUUAGUUGGUACCUCGGCGAAUGUGCUCUGUGUUGCUGUCGUUGAAAGUCUGUUCGGCAAGGAGACGGGUCUCAAUUUUGGCAGUUGGAUGCUCUAUUGCUAUCCACAGAUGAUUGUAUGUAUCCUCAUUAUAUGGGCGUGGCUCCAGUUCAUGUAUCUUCCGAGGGACAGUUUCAGAUGUAAGUGUAACAGACAGAACAGUUCCGAUGCAAAACAGAUAAGGAAAGUAAUACAGCGCGCAUAUGACGAUCUUGGUCCUAUAAGAUUUGCAGAAUGGGCUGUCUUGGCACACUUCGUGAUCAUUGUAGCACUCUGGAUUACCCAAGAUCCCAAGGUCUUUCCUGGCUGGGCAUCUUUCUUUCCUCCUGGGGUUAAAAGUGCUACGCCGACAAUGCUGAUGGCCAUUUCUCUAUUCUGUUUUCCAUCCGAGCGACCUCUACGUCUGUUAAGAAUCAGAGACCAACAAAUUCGUGAUUCAGCCCAUGAUCAUCUAGAAAGUAUCGUUUCAAACGGUGCAAGUGCAAGUGUGGCUGGCGUUGAUAGUGACAAUGACGAUGGUGACGAUGGGCGUGAAAGUCGCCCCAAAAUAGUCAAAGUGAAGUGCAUCCCCGCGCUCAUCACCUGGGAAAUAAUACACGAGAAGAUGCCAUGGGGUGUACUCAUUAUUAUGGGCGGGGGAUUAGCCCUAGCAGAUGGAUGCGUGGAAUCUGGUCUAUCAGCUUGGUUAGCCGAACAGUUUCAUAAAUUUUACGGGAUACCUCCGCUGGCAGUGGCUUUCAUCACAGCCAUCACAAUUUCACUCCUGACAGAGGUUAUUGCUAAUACAGUCACCGCUGCCAUUUUUCUUCCUAUUGUUGCAGAGAUGGCCGUCGCGAUGAGGAUAAACCCGUUGUAUCUGAUUCUUACUACGACCAUCUGUGCCUCCUUCGCAUUCAUGCUUCCUGUAGCUACCCCGCCCAAUGCCAUAGCAUUCGCUUACAAGGAAAUCAAAGUCAUUGAUAUGGUAAAAACAGGCUGUCUCCUAAACUUCACGUGUAUCUGUAUACUGCUUCUUUUCAUGAACACACUCGGUCUGUUGAUUUUCGACAUCGCACACUUUCCCGAUUGGGCCAAUAACACCAUGAAUACCAUGCAUGGUAACGGAUAUUGACAUCUUACAUAACUCUACAUCGGUACCGUUUUGAGAUCAGAUAUACUCGAUGAAACACUCCAGCGAAAAAAAAGAAAAAAAAAACCGAUACUGUAGCAAUAAACUUAUCUGUCAAAAUAUAUUCUUUCAA